AGUCACAAUUUGCCGUGUCAGUGAGGAGCCGGGAAAAACAUGAGUUUUCUUUAGUCCUGUAAGCUAAAUUAUUUUUCCGACUCUUUUGUUUAGACAUGGCGGAUUUAUCAAAGAUGUGGCUUAUUUGCCUUUUAGUGGCUAUACUAUACUUUUCUUCCACAUUUUGUGGCCAUGUUGUGCAGCUUACAGGCCAGAAUUUCGAUCAAACAUUAGCCGAUAACAAAGUUGUAUUCGUCAAUUUUUAUGCAGACUGGUGUCGGUUCAGUCAAAUGUUGGCUCCGGUUUUUGAUCAAGCAUCUGAUAUUGUUCACGAAGAGUAUCCAAAUGGUGUAGUAUUUGGCAGAGUAGACUGUGAAUCAGAACAGGAAAUUGCACAAAAAUUUCAUAUUACCAAGUAUCCAACAUUGAAAGUCUGGAGGAAUGCACAGGUUAACAGAAGGGAAUACAGAGGCCAGCGGUCUGUGGAUGCAUUCUCAAACUACAUCAGGGAACAAAUGAAGAGCAAAGUCAUGGAAUUUCAUGCAUUAAGUGAUAUCAAUGUAGAUUCUUCAAAACGAAGCAUCAUUGGUUACCUGGAGAAUAAAGACAGUGAUAGUUACAAGAACUUUGAAAAGGUGGCUGAGGAGUUCAGAGAUGAUUGUCAUUUUCAUGUAGGAGUUGGGGAUGCAUCCCUCAAAGAAAGACAAACUGGAGAAAAUAUUGCCUACAGACCUCAAAAUCGAGGGCCAGAAGCAGACAUGGUGUACAUGGGAGAUCUUGGCAACUAUGAUCUCUUGAAGACUUGGGUUUCUGACAAGUGCAUUCCUCUGGUUAGAGAGAUCACAUUUGAGAAUGCAGAAGAGCUGACUGAAGAAGGACUUCCAUUUCUUCUGCUGUUUCACCAUCCUGAAGAUACUGCCAGCAUUGAGCUUUUUAAAUCAGAAGUUGCUAAACAGCUCAUUCAAGAGAAAGGAAGUGUUAAUUUUCUCAUCGCUGAUGGCCUGAAAUUUUCUCAUCCACUCCACCAUCUAGGGAAAGGACCAGAGGACCUUCCUCUUGUUGCCAUUGACAGCUUUAAGCACAUGUAUCUUCUUCCAAAGUUUGAUGAUAUCAAGACACCAGGAAAGCUAAGGAAGUUUGUUCAAGAUUUGCACUCCGGAAAGCUUCACAGAGAGUUUCACCAUGGACCAGAUCCUGAACAGGAACAAGAGCAAGAGGAUCCCACUGCUGACCAGACUGAUGAUAACACAGGAACAGAAACAAAUCAAGGUACAGAAACUGAAGCUGAGACAGGCAAGACAGGAAGAACUGGAAGCGGAUCAGGCAAAAAGGAACAAACCUCACCGCCAGAGACAGUGUUCAAAAAACUUGCUCCAAGUUAUAACAGAUAUACCUUACUCAGGGAUGAAUUGUAAUAGAAAAUGUUUAAUACUUAGCUGUAAAUUUAAUAAGCAGUAUUUUUGAAAGAAACAACAAGCACAACAAGGGCAAUGGUUGUGUUGUGAACUGGCAGUAAGAAGUAAGGGGGGGUGGCAGUUGUGGAGAUUUAGGGGAGGGAGGGGAGGGGUUGGAGUCGUGUUAUGCCCAGGUUGUCCAAGUUUUCCCAGUAUGGCCAUGUUUUUCAGUAGGAAACUGUCAUCUGAAAUAUUAUUGUUAGUCUUGAAAAUGUAUUUUGUUACUAAAAGGAUAACAAUGUCAGUUCAAACAGUUUUUAGCAGCGUUUUUAGAAGAGCUAAAAAUAGGUUGCCAAAAGUGGCGCAAAUUAUAACUGUGUAUUGGUAACUGAGAAGUGAGAACUUUCAGAAAUGAAAUCAAAGCACCCAUUAUCGACUGUUAUCACUUUUAUCCUGGGUAAUCAAUAAAAACAGAUUUCCAGGUUGGAAUUGUGAUUCAACACCAUACAUUAUAUUUAUGAGCAAUUAAAUGGGCAAAUCAUUUUCAUUAUAAGAUCUUUAGUCUUAAGUAAUCUAUUGACAUAUACUACUAUGUCAAGAAUCAAAAUUGAAAGAUAUUUCUUUGAUGCUUAAAGUUUUUUUAUUUCUAUAUAUACAGUUUAUUGUUUAGUGGAGAGUAUAAUGCGAGAAAUCCAGCAAAUCAAUUUGAGUGGUUGUCAGUUGUGUAACUUGUUGUAGAAACUGUGCUGUUGUCCCUAGAAAGUGACAUUGCGCAGUAUUUUAUCGUUAUCUAGUGGGAAACAAAGUGUAUUUUGCAAAAUGGCUUACUCAUGGCCCUGGUUAACUUAAAAAAAAACCUUGCGGUUUUUUUGUUUUUUCUUUCCCGUUCAGAUUUUUGAGACGGAGGUGUGAGUAUGACUUUUCAGACCAAGUGCGCAUACUCAAAACCGUCUCUUGUCACACCAGUCUCGUUUCCAAGCCCUUCACUUCUGUAAGACCAGGAAGAACGAGGGCCUUAGGAGCGAAUUUGGGUUGAAAUAAUUCAAACGUCGCGCUCAUUUUUGAUUGGAAGAGAAGCCUGUCAUAUUUCAUAAAUAAUGCAAACCAGCAAAAAUAAACAAAGAACUUGCUUUUAUGAAUAAAUGAUUGGAACUACCAGACAUAUUUUGCAUCUUUAACAAACGGUGCCUCUUCUAUUCUUUUUAAUUAUUCAUCUAGGUUUUAUGCCUUGUUGUGUACUAUUUUGUUAAGUGUGAGUUAUUUAUAAAAUGACAAGAAAUCUUGUCUGAAACCAAGCCUCUUUUGAUCUAAUAACAUAAUUUCCUAUACCUGGGAGAAGACAAUGAGAUCUUCCCUAAACAAAACCAGUUAUUCUUUGAACUAAUAGUAAGUUAAAGUGACCUCUGACAUAAAUCUGAAAAUCAGUGUUCUUUUGAGCUAAUAAAAUAUCCUCUGAUACCAUAA